AUGGCAGCAUCAUUACCGCAGAAACCAGUCAUGGCAGGGAUGCCCCCUCAACAGCAGCAGCCCCCCCACAUGGCCCCCAGCGGUCCCAUGGGUGCAGGUCAGCAGCCAAUGCCACCCCAGGGUGCCCUCAGGGAGAUAUCCCCAGUUUUCCUGUGCCGGAUCGGGCAGGAAACUGUGCAGGAUAUCGUCACGAGGACCAUGGAGAUCUUCCAAAUUACACGAGCCACGCAACUUCCUAAUGGCGUGACUCAGAGUCAGGCAAUGUACCAGGACCGUUUCGGGAAACUCCAGGAGCACUUGAGGCAGCUGGCUUUGCUCUUCCGGAAACUUCGCCUCCUUUACGAACGCUGCGUGGAAAUGACGGCAGAUCUGCAGGAAGGCCCAGCGGAGCUUGUGCCCUAUGUUGGAGAAGAGCUGGUGAACAUUAGAGUGGAGCCGUGUAGUCCUUCAGUGCACCAGGAGAGAAAAGAAGUUCUAGAGAAAGUCCGUCAGAAGAACCGUGAGAUGAAGGUUCUCAUGGAUCAGAUGAGGGACCUGCUGUGGAACGUCAACGCCAUGUUGACCUUGAGGAAAUAA